GGACAAAAUUUACCACUCCGUUGCACAAACAUGAGAGUUGCAGUUAUAGGUGCUGGUGCGAGUGGGUUGACAGCCAUAAAAGCGUGUAAAGAGGAAGGAAUAGAUGUAAUUUGUUACGAGAGAAGUGAUAACAUUGGAGGUUUAUGGAGAUACAGAGACAACGACGAAGAAGGACUAGCUUCUGUUGCCAAAUCUACAAUAAUCAACACUAGUAAAGAGAUAACAGCUUUCAGCGAUUUCCCACCUCCUAAAGAAUUUCCUAAUUAUAUGCAUAAUACUUUGAUGUUCAAAUAUUUACAACUUUACGCCAAAGAAUUCGAAUUAAUCCCUCAUAUCAAAUUCCAGCAUCGUGUCAAAGAUAUUACUCAAGCCGAUGAUUAUGGUACUACAGGAAAAUGGGAAAUUCACGUUUUAAAUCUGAAAAGUGGAUUAGAACAUGUUGAAGUCGUUGGAGCAGUUAUGAUAUGCACGGGACAUCAUGUAUUUCCUUAUAUGCCUUCUUUUCCUGGUCAGAAGAAUUUCCGGGGUGACAUUAUACACACUCACACAUACAAAAAGCCUGAUAUGUUCGAAGAUAAAAAGGUGGUAGUAGUGGGUGUCGGAAAUUCUGGAGGUGAUGCAGCAGUAGAAGUUAGCCAUGUUGCUUCACAGGUUUAUUUAAGCACAAGAAGAGGAAGCUGGGUGUUUCACAGAGUUGGAAGAAAUGGACGUCCCUACGAUGAUAAAUUGCUUAGACGUUUUAGAAAUAUUUUAUUUCACAUUCUACCCUUUGAUUACACGUGUACGACUAUUGAAAAUGGACUUAAUUCGAGAUUCGAUCAUAAAAAGUAUCAGCUACAACCGAAGCAUCGUAUACUUCAGCAGCAUCCUAUGAUUAACGAUUCACUUCCGAAUAGAAUUCUAAGUGGAAGAGUUAUAGUAAAAGGAAAUAUCCAAUGUUUUGUAGAGAGAGGGGUGAUUUUUGAAGGAGAAGAUAAAGUAACUGAAGUUGACAAAGUUAUCUUUGCUACAGGAUAUGAGAUAAAAUUCCCUUUCGUAAGCAAGGAUAUCAUAAAAACAGUCGAAAAUCAAAUAGAGUUGUACAAAUUUGUAUAUCCUCCUCAUUUACAGCAUCCCACACUUGCUGUAAUUGGAUUGAUUCAAAUUGUUGGAGGAUUGUUUCCUAUUUCUGAAAUGCAAAGCAGAUGGUUUGUGAGAGUUCUAAAGAAGAAUGUUACUUUACCAAGCGAGAAAGAUAUGAAAGAGGAUGUUAAAUUAACAUUAGAUCAGUUAAAACAACGUUAUUAUAGUUCCAAGAGACAUACAAUUCAGGUGGAUUAUAUCGAUUAUCUAGACGAGAUCGCUUCAUAUAUUAAUGCUAAGCCAAAUUUUCUUAGGAUGCUUUUCACUGAUUUCGAUUUGUUUCGAGCAUUAAUGAUGGGUCCUAGUCUUCCUUAUCAGUAUAGAUUACAAGGACCAAAUUCGUGGCAUAAAGCUAGAGAAACAAUUCUGAGUUACGAAGAAAGAUUUAAUGCACCUUUACAGUCCCGUUUUAAAAAUAAAAAAAUA